AAUAAAAAUAAAAGUAAAAUUAAAAAAAAAAUAAAAGAAAAUUUUACACUAUAUUAAAUAUUUGUGAAAAAGUUAAAUAAAAAUUUACAUGGAAGAAAAUUCAAUUAAAAAUAUGUAUGUGAAAUAAAUGUUCGAAGUAAAUAGAAAUUGCGGUCAUUUGGUAACAAGAACCAGAGAAUAUUUAAGUGAAAACAAACUAAUUUUUUACCAACACUCUCACACACACAUACUCACACAUCAACAUUUUGACAUUCACACCCACUUUAAUGAUUUCCCUACAAAAACUAAUGAAUAAAAAAUAGUAAAACAAACCAACAAACAAAUAAAAUAAAUUUCAAAAAAAAACUGAUGCCAGAAUUGUAAGUGUGACUUUACUUUUCUAUUUAUUUAUUAAACCAAAACAAAAAACUUCCAAUAAAGACUAAAUAUGUUGCCGCUAGCUUUAGUGCGUCACAGUAGAACAAAUAAAUGAAACUAAAGCCCACAACUAUAAAUAUAUAUGUUAUUUUCUAAGAAAUAACAAUUUUAAAGAACUGACAAAACAAUAUUUAAUUUUUAACAAAAAAAAUACUAUUAAAGAGAAAAAAUGCAUCAGGUACUAAGUUAUGAAACAGCAGUACGUGCCAAUAAUGUAUCAGAAUAUCGGGAGUAUGUCACCAAACGGACCUGCAUAAGUUUAGUGGUAACAAUUGCAUUUUUUACAUUAAUCUCGGGCUAUUUAUUGGGCAAUUUCGUAUCAGAACGUAAAAAUCACAUACGUAUGCUGCUGACAAAAAAGGCCAUUAGUUCGCCGCCCGAUGAUAAAUCAUCACAAACCAUUGAUAUCACAAGUACUGAUUACAUGAACCUACAGGAAUUACACGCCUAUCAAAAGACCAAAUCCAAACUUUUAGCAUCAGCUGAAUCACUUAGUAAACUGCUGCAGCGUGAUGAAAGCUAUCGCUCAACAUCAUUGAAUACGGAAAUAUUUAACAAGUACAUAUCGUGUACCCAAGAUGUACCACCCAAUACGAACAUCGAAACCAGUAAAUUUAUUGAACAACUGGUUGACAAUACAUCUGCCAGGCAAAGAGAUUGUAUGCGAAUAAUACAAGUUAUAAUUGAAAAUAGUUUGAUAACGACUUAAGGCAAAAUAUUAAGGAGAUACAGAGUAUAUUAUUUUUUACCUCUCUAAUAGAAAUUAGUAGCAGUGUUCACGAUCUCAAGUAUUAGACUUCAGUCUAUGAGUAAAUUUUUAACAUUUUAUUUAAAAAAUAAAAAAAUUAAAUCAUUUGUGCUUCAGAUUAAGUCAAGACUCCUUAAAUAUUAUGUUGAAGAAAAUUAUAAUUUAAAAUUUUUUAGUUUUACUGAUUGGGUUUAAUAUGAACCGCCUCACAAAGUGUUAACACCACCAAUAAAUUUUCAAAUUUUUAACAAACUUGUGGAGGGAAAGAUGUGGACACAUUACAAAUCGAUAAAAAUAUUUUGUUAGUUAUUAACAAUGGAUUAAUUUUCAUAAAAUAUGCAAAAUAGUUAAUCGUAACAAAUGAAAUAUUGCCCUAAUUUAUAAUUUUAACACACAGUCUCCCAAAAACAAAAAACACAAAAAAACACAUACACACAUACAUAUUUGUAUUUGAUAAGGUAAAAUGUUUUUAUGAAAAUGACAGAUGACG